ACCAAGAGGAGAACCCGAUCAGCUGGCUUUCAUCUGUCUCUCGCUCUGGUUGUCGGUCCGUUUUCAUUUUUUGUUUUCGUUUUUGUAUUAUUGUUUUUAAAUAUAUACAUACAUAUAUUUUUUAUUUUUAUUUUAAUUGUUUUUAAUCGUAAUAAUAUAUUAUUAUAUCACACUCAUAAUAUAUAUAUACAAUUAUAUAUAGAUAUAUUAAUUUAUUAAUUUCUUGUACAGUAUAAUAAAACGUUAGUCUUAAUUUUUAUCGUAUUAACAGUUUACGAAGAUCUCUUGUAAAUAUAAAAACAUUUAUAUUCUACUGCUAUCUGCCAUAGUAUAAAAGUUCCUGACUGACCACAACUAUUCGUGCCACAAUUCUACAGAGAUAAAAUAAAGCGAGCCAAAAUGUUUUCUAACUUAUCCAGCUGGUUCUACGGAAGUAACGCUACCGAAAAAAGUGACGAUGUGGUCGUCACUGAUCCCUGCCCAGACUCUUUAAUCGAAGUUGAUGAAAACUUCGAACCCAUCGAAAUUGACGAAUCUGACGACUGGGUUAUCCUUGGAAAAGGUGAAUCCGAGUCGGAUUCUAAAAAGACUGAUGAUGAAGGGUGUGGAGGUGUUGUCGAUCGUCACAGUCGAUCAUCUUCUUCCUGUCAAAAUGAAGAAGGCUGGUUUGUUACUCCUCCUCCUUGCUUCACGUCUAUUGGUCCAGCAGACAUGGAGACGACACCUUUGGAGAAUCUACUCAUUGAACAUCCAAGCAUGUCUGUAUAUCACAGCCCCACUGUGAGUUCAGUAAUGCCUGAGAAAAGAACUCUAGCUUCAAUUGCGAGUAAUAGUGAAUCGUUUGAUGACGAUACACCAAUAGUCUUUGAAGCCGUGAAAUGUAAAGAAAAAUUACCUAAACAUCCCAAGAAGAAGACGUUGAAAAAAUCUGUGCCUCUUGAUGAAUUCAAAAUUGCACCUGAAACAAUUUUAGGCAAUGUACCAAGUGUUUUGUCAUCUCCUGUAGUUGAGAUGAAAAAAGUCGAACGUUCUCAAACAGAAAUGUUUCCAGUAUUGGCUCCAAUUUCUAACCCCAAAGUAUGCUCUCCGCCAGCUAUUCGUAGCUAUAAAGAAGUAGCUGCAUCAUUAAAACGGAGACAACCAAAAAACGACAUGUCUGAAGUAAAACAUGUUAAAAUUGAAUCCAAAGUCGAAGUUGUUGAGGCACCUCAAAUAGUUUUGCCUAUGGAAGAAGAAACACAGACAGCUGUGAAAGUCUUUACUCCUAAAAAAGUCAUGAAAAAAGGCCGCAAACCACCAUGCCCAUUGCCUCAUCUAAUGAAAAAUGAGUCGCAAAAGAUGCCAAAAGAAAUAAUUGUUCCUAAAAUCCGUGCCCAAGAACGGUUGGUCAGGUUGAGUUCCUUUAGCAUCAUACAAUCUGAUGUGCCAAAAAGCUGUAAAACGCCAAAAAGAAAUGCUAUAAAACCAGUCAUUGAAAAGCAACAAAAGUUGAUCAGUAAUUCAACAAUUUGUGUUGAAGCACAAAAACCUGUACCUGUUGUAGAUACUGAAGAAAAAAAGAAAAAGAAGGUACAACAAAAAUCUAUUGUCAAAGAAGUAAAACAUGAGAUAAUAGAGUCUCGUCCGAUUACCCAAACAGCAGUGGUAAGACCGAAAUGUGAUGUAAUUGAAAAGAGGGACCAAAAGUCUCCAGUCAAAAAGGAGAACAUCAUCAUACCAUUGACGACUUCCAUUGCCCUUAAUUCUUUAGUGUCUCGACCUGAAGAAAAUGCUUACAAACACGAGUUGCUUAAAAGAGAGCUGGCUAUGAUAGCUGGCACCAAUAAAGCACAGAAGCUGCAAGCUCACAGAGAAACUCGUAUUUUAAGUCGCAACCAGCUGACACAUAUCAAUCGUGUGAAUAUGAUGUUGAGUGCAAGUAACAAAAGACUGAGGAGGGCCGACAAGAACAUGCGACCGUCUGGUGCUAACAACAAUCGUAAAUGCUGUUAACUCUAAAUAAUAUUUAAAAAAUCAAUUAUACUGGCUUCUAAUAUAAUCAGUUAGUAAAAUUAUAAUAGGUUGAAAUAAUAUUAUUUUAGCUUACAUUGGGUCAAGGGAAAAAA